CAAUGUUCCCUACAACUUUAAUGUAAUUUCUCUAUACUAUACUUUAGCCAUUUUUGCUGACGUUAUAUCUUCAUCCCACAAUGUUCAACAUAACUAAGCUUCUUGUAGAGCAACUUCACAUUCUAAAGCUUCCAAAAUACAUUUGAAAUAUCACUAAAACAAAAAAAUACUUUAUUAACUCAGAAACCUGUAAAAUACUUUUGGUAUGGUUAUCCUCUUGCCCAUUGACAGAAGAUGGAAUCAAGUAUGAGGAAGUAGACCGGCUAGCACAUCCUCGUUCCAAAUUCAUUGUUCGUGUGCUGGGACGGCAGUUCUUUAAAGGAAACAAGACAUCGAGGAAACGAGAUCUUCCAAAAGCAGUUUGUUACAGUGAGUAGAUCUUGGGAAUAAUAAUAUGCCAAAACAUGGUACAUUACUGUCAUGUUUUCCACGCUAAUCCAACAUAAUGCUCCUUAAGUUUAAAAACUUCUUCAUCGUUCUGCCGACUCCAGCAGUUCCUUCACCUAGUUCAAAUCGCAGUUACUUUCGGUAAUUGCAAAAAAAAAACCUUUAUCUUCAAACUGCCGCCUUAAGAUAGAUUUAUUUUAAAAUGUACACUUUACAGCUUAAAUGUCCCUUUGGUAUGUUCACGGAAGUGGAAAUUGGUGAUGAGCUAGUACAGCUGCGGAAGCAUCAAAACUACCUUGCGCCUUUAAUAAUUGCAUAAACUAAAGACGGAACGUGAGGUUCAUAAGUUAGUGAUUUUGAUCUCCAGGACUAAUUUCCCGGGAUUUGGACGAGCACACAGUGGUACUCUAAACGAGUGAGGCGCCGCCACCCACGAACCUGCGUCCUCGCUCUCCAUCGCUCCGCGUUCGCCGCUCCUCGGGCGGACUCUCCGAGUAAUAACAACAAUGGCACCUGAGCAGCAGUCCGGCCCCUCCUCAUGGGGCACAUACAGACCUCUGUCCUUGAAAUCCACCAAGAGGAAUGAGGACCGGCCGUGGAAAACCCAACUAAUUUAUCUGCAGUGCUAUUUCAUUUCUAUUGCCUGUAUCUUAGGAACUGGAAUAUUGGGAUUGCCUGGUAAAGUGGCACAUGCGGGACUGCAACCUUUUUUGGUCUCAUUCAUAACUGGAUUUUUUAUGCAGGUGUUGUUGAUUUAUCUUUUCGUUGACCUGUUGCAACGAUGUCAUUCGGCUCAGUUAGAGGCUGUGAAGCAUUUUAUGGUGGAACGAAUUCAAAUGCAAGAUGUUGGUGCUCAAGGUGCUGUGCCAAGUUGCAUAGAAGAAGAGGAGGAGGAGGAGGAAGAAGAAACUGAGGAUGCAGAUCAUGUUUUAUUGAACCAAACUAAUGGAGUUAAUUUUUCUGAGAAGGAACAUGUGCCAAACCUACAUAUCCUAGGGUUUCUUUUCCUGAACAAAUAUCUGAGUAGCAUUUUCAAUGUUCUCCUCAUCCUACAAUUCAUUUCAAUUGGAAUCAGUUAUGUCUUGGCUGGUAGUGAAGCUUUAGCUGAGCUUUUGCAAAUCAGGCAUAUAUAUGUCAUUCCAUUCUUCACAUGGAUUUUGUCCUUUGGAAUUAUUUUGGCUCAAGUCAUUAUACAACCAAUCACAUCUGUUUUGACCCUGGCAAAAGGAACUCUGUUAAUCAUCACAGUAAUGGUGACCUUUGUUGUGGGCUCUGAAAUCCAUCAAGAAAUAAGCAAUGAUUUCUCCUGCAUUGGAACACCCUUUCUAAUGGGUACUGUUGCACUUGGAGGCAUUGUAAAUGUGAUGCCAAUGUUAUUUUCUAAAAUUUCACGAAAGAGAUCUCAGGUAUUGUGGUUUCGCAGAGCUGUCAUUGGAGGCCUCACGACUUGUGCUGUGCUGAAUAUUUUCUGGUGUUGGGCUGUAUUGAAUAUUGUUCCCCAGACAUCUACACGCAAAAUUCUAUAUGACCAACAUCUAAACAUCAGUAUACCUGGCUACAUAAUUGUUUACUCUAAUAUAUCUUUGGAAGCCUCAGAAAAAGCAGGGGAAAUAGCAACAGUUCCACUUACAAAAAUUAUAAUGGAACAAUACAGAAAGUUUGCCUGGAUGGCCUGGUUUACAGAAAUUUUUAUUACUAUCAGCAUUACUGUUUCUUUUUUGGUCAUUGGAUCUUCAAUGAAGCAUGCAUUGGAUGGUUGGGUGGCUUCCUUCUGGAACAGAAAAUGCAAGAAUGCUUCUAAACAGGGUGAAAAGUCACGCUUACAACUAUUUAAGAUUAACAGUUUAAAAAGUGUGACUCAAGGAUUAGUUUGUCUGCUGGGAUUUGGUAUAAUUUUUCUGGUGGCUCUGUCUAAUCCAAAGGGAUUUGUUGUUCUGCUUGACAAAGUGGCUUCAUUUGCUUUAAAUCUUGAAGCUGGUCUCUUCAUUUUUCUAAUGGUACGAAAUGCUCGAUUGGAGCCUUAUAAGCCACGAACUCAUCAAUCACCCCUGCUGUGGGCCACUUCUACAAAGAAGGGAUCCGUAUGCUCCACAACCACCGGACUAAGUGCGUACAUGUAGGAGGGGACUAUGUUGAAAAAUAAAUGUGCUAUGUUUUCUAAAAUAGACUCACGAACUUAUCAAUCACUCUUCGUAUGUCCUAUAAUUUUGAAAGUACCUAAAGAGAAGCACUGUCAGCAAGUAUGGAGGACAGAGAUAGGAUGUGAGUGAACAGCAGUGGAGGCUUUGAGUGGAAUUGAGUUUUAAGGAUAUUGAGAUGUAUCUCACAGCCAAAAUAAAUUCAAAAGGAGAGAACAUUAAAAUAAAAUCAUUGAAGAGAUAUGACACAGGAAGCACCCAUUGGUUUUGUGCUGGUCGAAAAGGUUGCACAACCUGCUCAGGAUUAGACAGAUAGUAAUUAACUUGUUGCAGACUUUGCUUGGUAAAUAGUAAAGCAAAUUGUAGAAACAGUUAAAGCUAUUAUUUCAAUCUCAUUAACAAACUCAGACAUGAGCUCUUCAUCUUCACUUCAGUGACAGUAGAGGGGCCAAGACAGUAACUGGGAGAUGAGAGAUAAAUAUGGACAAAGGCUUAUGCCUUUGUGAAUACACAGCUCCUCCGCAGAGUGUUAAGUGCACCAAGUUCCUGCAAGUUCACAUCACGGAUGACCUCACCUGGGCACUUAAUAUCACCUCCCUGAAAAGGAAGGCACAGCAGCAUCUCCACUUCCUAAGAAGGUUGAGGCAAGCAAGGCUCCCCCCCACCCCCCCCAUCUUAACUGCAUUUACAGGAGCACCA